AUGCGUCCUGACUUAUCUGCACACUUGCACACUGAAGAAUGCAACGUCUUGAUUAACUUACUUAAGGAAUGUCACAAAAACCACAGCAUUCUGAAAUUUUUUGGUCAUUGCAAUGAUCUUGAUCGGGAGAUGAGAAAAUGCUUGAAGAAUGAGUACAUGGAAAAGAGGACUGAGAGCAGGGAGCACGGCAAUGAGACUCCAUAA